AGGAGCGCUCCGUAGGCCCGGGAGCUCGGCGGGCCCUUGGCGCGUGGGAGCCGCGGCGCGGUGCGGCGCGGAGAGGCCCGGAGGGGCGAGCGGGCAGGGCGACCGCGCGCCGGGGUGGCGGGGUCCGCGGUCGCCGCGCAGCGGGAGCUCCGCGCCGCAUCCCUCCUCCCGGACCCGGCGGGCGGCGAGCUGGCCAGGUGGACAUUCCUGGUGGGCUCAGAAGAGUUUCUACCAUGGAGUCCAUCUCUAUGAUGGGAAGCUCUAAGAGCCUGGAAACUUUUUUACCUAACGGCAUAAAUGGUAUCAAAGAUGCAAGGAAGGUCACGGUGGGCGUCAUAGGAAGUGGGGAUUUUGCCAAGUCUCUGACCAUUCGGCUUAUCAGGUGUGGCUAUCACGUGGUCAUAGGAAGCAGAAAUCCUAAGUUUGCAUCUGAGUUUUUUCCUCAUGUGGUCGAUGUCACCCACCACGAAGAUGCUUUAACAAAAACAAACAUAAUAUUCGUGGCUAUCCAUAGAGAACACUACACCUCCCUGUGGGACCUGAGACACCUGCUUGUGGGCAAAAUCCUGAUCGAUGUGAGCAACAACAUGCGGGUGAACCAGUACCCAGAAUCCAACGCGGAGUACCUGGCCUCACUAUUCCCAGAUUCCUUGAUUGUCAAAGGAUUUAAUGUGAUCUCAGCUUGGGCACUUCAGUUAGGGCCCAAGGAUGCCAGCCGCCAGGUUUAUAUAUGCAGCAACAACAUCCAAGCUCGACAACAGGUUAUUGAACUCGCCCGUCAGCUGAAUUUCAUUCCUGUUGACUUGGGAUCUUUAUCAUCCGCCAAGGAGAUUGAAAAUUUACCCCUGCGACUGUUUACUCUCUGGAGGGGGCCGGUGGUGGUAGCCAUAAGCUUGGCCACAUUUUUCUUUCUUUAUUCCUUUGUCAGAGAUGUAAUACAUCCAUAUGCCAGAAACCAGCAGAGUGACUUUUACAAGAUUCCCAUUGAGAUUGUGAACAAAACCUUGCCUAUAGUCGCCAUUACUUUGCUGUCCCUGGCAUACCUGGCCGGCCUCCUGGCAGCCGCCUAUCAGCUUUACUAUGGCACCAAGUAUCGCAGGUUCCCUCCCUGGCUGGAUACAUGGCUUCAGUGCAGGAAGCAGCUGGGUUUGCUCAGCUUUUUCUUUGCCGUUGUCCACGUUGCCUACAGCCUCUGCUUGCCGAUGAGAAGGUCAGAAAGAUACUUGUUUCUCAACAUGGCUUAUCAGCAGGUUCAUGCAAAUAUCGAAAAUGCCUGGAAUGAGGAAGAGGUUUGGAGAAUUGAAAUGUACAUCUCUUUUGGCAUCAUGAGCCUUGGGUUACUGUCCCUCCUGGCAGUCACUUCAAUCCCGUCAGUGAGCAAUGCUUUAAACUGGAGGGAAUUCAGCUUUAUUCAGUCUACGCUUGGCUACGUUGCUCUGCUUAUAAGUACUUUCCACGUGCUAAUUUACGGAUGGAAACGCGCUUUUGCAGAAGAGUACUACCGGUUUUACACACCGCCCAACUUCGUCCUUGCACUUGUUUUGCCCUCAAUUGUAAUUCUGGGUAAGAUGGUUUUACUCCUCCCGUGCAUAAGCCGAAAGCUAAAACGAAUUAAAAAGGGCUGGGAAAAGAGCCAGUUUCUAGAAGAAGGCUUGGGAGGAACUGUUCCUCAUCUGUCCCCAGAGAGAGUCACAGUGAUGUGAUGAAAUGAGGCACUCACUGGUGCCACAUACACUUCCAUCCAUGCCAUUACUUUAGGACUUCCUCCACGCUCCCUGUGAGUGGACUGUCAGUUUGCUGCAGGAUGAAACCUGGCAAUGAGAUUUCAGCUGAAAUCACGAUAGGAUUUUCUUCAGGUUAUUUUUUAUAGAUGUCACGUUGCAGCCAACAUGCAAUUUUGUAUUCCACACAUAGUGUUACAAUCUAGGAGUAUUUUCCUUUGUGCAACUGUAUCAGUAUUGUUAUUUUAACUGUAUUGCAUAAUCAUGCAGAAAUAUUUGUAGUUAAUAAUAUAGGUGAAAUGUAAUGUUUAGAACACUUGGCAAACUGGCAGAACUUGAAGCUUUUAACAUUUCUCAGUGGAUGUGCUUUUUUCCUGGAGGCUAAAGAUUUUAAUUAUUAUCCAAUUUAAGAUGCAGAAAUGCAUAAUCACAUAUUAUUGAGAAGAGACACAUCACAUCAGUAUCUAGGGUGCACAGGCGCAAUCUCAUACUUUCAUAAAAUGGGACCAGAAGAAUGUCAUUAAUUAUACAAAGCAGUGUGAGUAUAUGAGCACAAAUUAAAGACGAACCUAAAACUGUAUUUCAAAUGCAUUGGAGACAAGAAAUGAAUGCUGCUAAUGCACAAAUUAUGAGUGCUUUAUUCUGUAUCAUGUUACAAGGCAGUUUCAUUUUUAUAUUUAUGUGAGUCAGGGAAAGGACUCAGUGAAACUUGAUCUCUCAAGCUGCAAUUCUGAAUAUAGUUCCAACCCCAGGAACUGUAGAACUGUCCAUUUAUUACAGUGGAAAUGGCAUGUUUGCGCACCAUUCCAUGUCAGUUUGUACGUGUUACUUUGACCAGUCUCGCCCCUUCCUGUGGGAUUGUAGUGAUGUCCACUGAGGGAGUACGGAAUGGUUCUAAACACUGGUCUUGUCCCAUUUAACACUUACACAACAAACCAAUGAGAUAGUUAAUUAUAUUCAUUUCACAUAAGGAAAAACUGAAGGAGAGAAGGUUAAAUUUGCCUGAGGUCACACAGUGAAGAAGUGGAAGGGUGAGCAGCCAUGGCCGGGUAGUCAUUCUUCAUGCUUUAUUCCCUGCUCCACCUCCAUGCAGAACAUUCAUGGUGCCAGUCUAGAUGGUUCCUUCCCUGUAUGAUCACUGACAGUCUUUAGAGUAGGUUUUGUGGACUAACUGUUGAGAUCCUAUAACUCUUAAUCUUAAAAUUCCCAUAAGGUGGCCAUGCCCUGUGCUCUUCCUGAGAAAACUUCCUGUCUUUACUACCAUUCAUUAGGAAGCAGUUUAUCAGCAUAAAGGAUAUUAGAACAAGCGGUUAAUUAUAAAUCUACUCCUGAGACAUGUAAUCUCAUAGAUUAUUCAUAAACUUUCUCAGUGCUGGUCUUCAUAUGCAAAUUUCGUUUUGUUCAAACCUUAGGAUAGACUACAUUUUCUCCAUUUGUCUAUAUCUAUUUUCACCAUAUUAUAGUGAAAGUUACAGACAAGAUGUAAUUAUGUGUAUUCUUCCUAAAAUUGUAUCAUUUCUAAAGUUACCUACUGACUUGAAUUCAACCAUCAAAAAUAAAAGGACUCAUUUUGUGGGACCUGUCUUUCCCACCAGUGUCUUUUUCCUAUUCUUGCAUUGUUGGUCUGGGAAAUCACCCACUAUUCUUUGAUGUUUUCUUAUUGGUGAACUGUGAUAUUGAAUAUCCCAUUUUUAUUAUAUUAAUCCUAAUCACUAAUUUUUAGUAGGAAUUCAAUUCAACAAUGAUGUUUAACAGUAAAUACCUAUAAACUGGGUGUAGUGGCGCAUGCCUUUCAUUCCAGCACUCAGGAGGCAGAUGCAGGAGGGUCUCUGUAAGUUAGAAACUAGCCUGGUCCACAUAGUGAGCUCCAAGAAGUACACACUGAGACCCUGUCUAAGUAUGUACAUGCACAUACAUACAUACAUACAUACAUACAUACAUACACUGUCAAGAACUAGUGAAAACAGCAAUGUGUUUCAACAAGAGCUUACAUCUUAAACUUCAUUCUAAGGCAAUUUAAUGUGAAAAUACAACAAAAUCCUUCUAAAAGUUAGAUGAUUAAAAUAUAAUGUUAUGUGUGUGUGUGUAUGUGUGUGUGUAUGUGUAUGUAUGUUAGGUAGCCAAUAAUAUAAAUUUACUACUAUUAUACAUACAUGGGACCUUUGAAAAUAUGAAAUUAUGUAAAAGCUACCAAUAUAAUACCAAAUGAUACUUUUUAAAGGAUGCUACAAAAGUAGAAUAAUUUUAGUUUUAGUAUAAAUGAACUAAAUAAUAAGUAUAAAUAAUACAGUAAUUAGAGUUCAAAAUGUUGAAAGGAAUCCCAUGGUGCACUUGACUUUUGUGGGGUUUUUUUGUUUGUUUGUUUGUUUGUUUUUACUACUUUUAUAAUUCUUCUUUGUAUUGAUUUCCUCUUGUCUUUAGAGGCGUUUUUCUUGCUUCUGAGGUAAACUGAAUUUCGUUGUUGGCAAAUGGGAGAAGGUGGCGGUGGGAGCUUACCAUGUAAAGAGCAGGCCCAGUGAGCUGUCUCAGAGGGUACAGGCACCUGUAGACAAGCAUGGUGAGCUGAGUCUAAGCCCUACAUGGAUGUGGAAGUCAGGCACUGGCUCCUGCAAGCCGUCCUCUGACAUGCACCCUCAUGCUCUCUCCCCCCUCACUCUGUCUCUGUAUCUGUCUAUCUCACACACACAAACACGCAAAGUAAAUGAAAUGCAAUAAAAAAAUUUUAGGGGGGAGGGAAGGUUUUUAAUAGGGGGGAAAUUUUGUUUCCUAAUACAUGUUUUGAGAAGCAUGAGUAAAGAAAAGAUAGGAAUAUAGAAAAGAAAAGAUAGGAAUAUAGAAAAUAAAAUCUGUCUUCAUCUUUCGUAAAGACAGCCAAAUAAUUUUUCCUAUGAGGAAAAAAGAACAUAAAACAUGUAUCAUGCUGCUCAGCUUUUGUGCAGAUUUCUUGUCUCCUUUAUUAGGAAUAUCUAAAAGCACAUUUAAACAUACAUAUACUCAUAUUAUCAUCUAUUUUUAGAAGAUGCACAGAUGAGAUUUUUAUUUAAAAUUUAAAACAUUAUCAAGGAUGAGUAAAUUUUGAUUAGUCAUCAGAGCUCAUUAUUUUGUACAUUACAGAGGAUGGCUGAUGAGUUCCUAUUAAACUACCUGAUUCUUUUUUAUAAAUUAGCAAAACUUCAAAUCGACUGAAGGAUUUUACUUUCAAAAUUAAUUAUUAAUUUGAUAAUGAGAAAACAUCUUUCUACUUACAGUCAAAUUAUGAAAAUUAUUUUAAAAAGGAGCUUCAAGAAUAUAUUCAACCUGAUCUACAUAAUGAGUUCCAGGACAGCCAUGGCCAUGUAGAGAGACCCUUUCUCAAAUGAACAAACAAAUAUAUAUAUAUAUAUAUACAACUUUUCUAUUAUUUAUCUCUUAUGUAAUAUAACAAAAGUCAUACUUUAAAUUUUGUAUGCCAUUAAGCUAUUUAGUAAUAUAUUCUAUACUGUUCCUUCCCCAGAUGAAGCUUAUUUAUAAGCAUUUCACAUGGCAUUUAAAAUAUAAGUACCAUACGUCUAAUUCAUAACCUCAUUGUAAACAACUAAUUAUACCUGCAUCGGGCUAUAAAGUCCUGCUUUGCAAAGUGCAAGCAGACUACAGUAUAGAAGAAACUGCUUCGUAAAUUCGUGACAAAGCAAGGCUGUACAUAGUGUCGUGCACUUUAGUUCACUCUUACAGUUCUCUGUGGUGUCAGGACAAUGAGGUGCUCAACCUGCCACUGCUCAGAAUUCAUUGCGACAAAUUCUGGGUAUAUCCGGUCUCUGUUAUUAACUCUAAAUAAAAGUACAGCAAUUUAAGUGGAGACAGUAUGUUCUUGUGAACCACAGGAAUGCACGGGUUCUUUUGUACUUUUGAGUGUUACAAAAUGCUUAGUUUUUUGAGGGGUUCUAGCCACAUGACAAAACAGUGUUUUUGUUUAGCCUGGGACCCAUACAAGGAAUUGUUGGGUGGUUUUUAAACUUUACACAUCACUCAAUUUCCAUUGUGCACCGAUCCACAGUGAAGGCAGACUAGGAAUCCUCCUGAUAGCUCAGGGUGGCCCCUGUUAGCUGGAUGAGCUAUGCUAACUCACAAAAGCAGGUGCUUUGUAUGAUUUCCAAAUUGCCAACUUGAAGGAAUGAUUUGCACAGAUUGCGUUCAGGGGCUAACUCACAGCUUCACAGAUGUUCUUCCUCCAUGGUCUCUCUUCCUCACUCUUGAGCUGCUGAGGACGGCCGUUCUCCUGGACCUGGGUGUUGCUGGGAGUGAUCUCUGUGACUGACUGGCAGAGGUGACCCUGUGAGGAGUCCUGGCCUCUGAGCACUCUACUCUAAGGAACUUGGCUUGUGUUCUUCCUUAUGGGCCCUCUGUCUGGCUGAUGAGGAUGUGGAUAAACAACUCUCCCCAGAGGGUCAAGGGAACACUGAGAGACGGCUGAGGCAAGGCUACUAGAAAGCAGACAAACCCCUGCUGCUUCCUGCGUUUAAACCAUCAUAAAUUCAGGUCUCUGUGUUCCGUAAAAAUCUAAACCUUAUCCUUCCCAGUUCUUUGCCGCAGUCCCAAUUUAACAUUCUUGAAUAGGUUAGCCUGUGAUAAUUCUUACUUUUAGAAGACUUUAAAGGAUAGUACACGAUUUACAUUAAAAUUAAGAAGUCUCUUGUUAAUUAAUUAUACUUGGAUUUUGUCUCCAUCUUUCAUCAGCUAUUUUGUAUUGACUCAUAUGAUUUUCUUUGUAUGAAUUUUCCUUGUAAGUGUAAGUGUAUUCAUUUUUGCUAAAGGCCUGUGUCCUGUGAAAUACUGUUAACAAAUUGCACACCAUGAUCUUAUGUCAUUCUCAUAGAUGCCUUAUAAACAUUCAAUAAAAGUAUUAUUUAAAGUU